GCGCUUGGCGCAAUAUCACUCCUGUUUAGCAUCGCCGAGGCAGGGUGCGCUGAAGUUGGCUCCGGCGACGGAAACAACCCACUAAGAUGCAAAUCAUAUUCCAUCCCGAGAGACAUCGGCACUAGCGUCACCGUCGGCUUGCAAACCCUCUCGAUCGGCAGAACGAAUCCAACCCAA